AUGAUUUACGUAGAAUCGACAGUUUUAUACGAAGCAGCUGCUUUACAUUCGAGAUAUAAAGCCAACAAUGUGCCUGUUUCCGACAUAGCUUUACUACUUGUCGGGAAAAAACUUAGUCCUGGCUUAUAUUCAUCUCAUGAAAUUGGUCUCUCUAUUGCCAUUCAAGAGUCUGUGGAGUUAUUGUCUAGGAAUGGAAGUUUAGAUGUACCAUUUUUUACAGAGAAGAACGAACACUGCAAACUUUUGGGAUCAUCACCUAUUGGAUACGCUUUGUUUGCAGAUGCUCUUGAUGACAAUGUCAUAUCGUUCUUAGAGCAGAGCUCAAAUGUUUUGAAGUUAAAGUUUCUACUUCUUUUCCCGUCUAAUUUCAACUUGAAUGAGUUAACGUUCUAUGAAAUCCCUGACAACAUUCAAAGUAUUCGCAGUGAAAAUUGCGUUCGCGUUCCUUUUAAAAUCAGUGAAUAUCCAUCGGGUUAUUUUUCCGCCUUGCAAACUUUGUCACAACUCGACUCGACAGAAAACGAAAACUCCAUAAAUACAAGUUCUCAAAGAUUUACUGUUGAAAAGCUUCAGUCGUGUGCUUUACAUUUGAUAAACCGCCUUGAGGAUCCCUCGCAAUUUUCACCGCAGGAUUUGUCGUCCAUUUCGCAUGCUUGUCGACUUUUGGAUUCCAUGGAAGUCCCUAGUGACACAUAUUUGAAUGAAAAACUACAGGUUACCAUGAUAUGCAACCUUCAAAAGCUUUUGUAUUGCACUAAUUUAAUCGAAAAAUACUCGAACUACGUCGCUGCUUAA